CUUCUUUAUUAAUUACAGACCACAACAUGCAAUAAGCUUCCGAAGAUAUUGUAUAUAUAUUCAAUAUGUAGAGGUCAUAAUAGAACAAGGGACAGCGAGAACAAGAGAAUUUCAGAGGCAAAUAGAAUGGGCAGAGGCAGAGCUCCAUGCUGUGAGAAAGUUGGACUCAACAGAGGAGCUUGGACACCGGAGGAAGACAUGAGACUCAUGGCCUAUAUCCGCAAGUUCGGCCAUGGAAACUGGCGUGCUCUCCCUAAGCAAGCAGGGUUGCUGAGAUGCGGUAAGAGCUGCCGCCUCCGUUGGAUCAACUAUCUCCGCCCUGAUAUCAAAAGAGGCAACUUUAGUAUAGAGGAGGAAGAGACCGUAAUCAAGCUCCAUGGAUUGCUCGGAAACAAAUGGUCUAAAAUAGCUUCCUCCCUUCCCGGAAGAACAGACAACGAGAUAAAAAAUGUGUGGAACACUCAUCUCAAAAAAAGACUAAAAUCAAACGAGCAAUCCUCGUCUUCUCCAACACCGACCAUCGUCAGCACAGCCAACGCAGAUCAAGACACACCAGCAAGCUCCUCCUCAUCGGAAACAACCUCCAUCUCCAUCCCCUCCAAUCUCGACUUCGAUGAUUUCAAUGAUUCUAUUGACGAAAUUCUUGCAAUCGACAUCGAGCCUGAGGUCUGGAAUGAUGUGAUCGUCACAGAAGAAGCUGACGCAGGAGAGAAAAGGAAUUGGCUGGCCUAUUUGGAAGAAGAAUUAGGCCUUUUCGAUGACAACGGCGGCGGUGAUGAUGAGAACAAGAUGGUGGAGAUGGUUGUGGUGGGUGAGGGGGAUCCAGUAACAAGUUAUUUUCACAAAAGUUAUUAAUUCCUCACCCUCUUUUGUGUAGAAGUUGUUGACCUUCAUCACUCGUGUAGAUACGUUAAAAAGUCGUGGACUGAGUUUGGUAAAUGUGUUGAAUUUGUGAGAUUAUCAUAAUGGAGACACGUCGCUAAGUUGGAAUCUGAUUAUAUUGGCUUGCUCACCUACUUGCUGAUUUUAGUCAAAGUUGUAGGUCUUAAUUAGGAGGGAAAAUUAAGCUUUCUGCUUAAUUAAUUAGUAAUUAAUGAGGUCAUGUUCAUGAGGUUGUACUGUUGACUCAUCAAGUUUUUAUCUAAUUAAACAGCUCAUUAUGAUCUGUUGGUUGAGAGCUUAAACUAUCAA